GCUGUAAUCAUGCCAUUCCAUAAUGUCUUCGUUAGAUACUCUGAUGACGACGGCAGACUGACUCCGGGGCUACCAGAACCCAUCAAGUCGUCAAGGUCCUCCAGAUCCUUCUUAUCUCUCAGAUCCUUGAAAUCUCCCAAGCCCUUAACGUAUACGGAGCGGAACGAUGAUCGGCUUCAACAAUGUCUGGGUUGCUUCCAUGUCGAUGACUGGAUACGACUAGUUGCCAGGCAGUCAGUGGACGGCGAGGAGCGACCGUUAUCCGUGAAGUUGCAUGAUAGCUUCGCUGAGCUUGACCAAUGCGCAGUGCACUGCGAUAUCUGCCGUUUAUUUCGACAAGCUUUGGUCCUUGAGGACGUGACCUUCAGCGGCGUAAGAGCGCUGUCCGCAACGUUGGGUAUGGUGGUAGUGCGCUGGCAAGAGAUGGAGGAUGUAGAGGGCAACCGGAGGGUUAAUCUGAGAGUCGAAAUCGAAGGUGAACCUGAACGAAGUGGUGUUGUCAACUGUGAUAGCCAAGACUGCAAUACGCAUCUGACGCUACAUGCCGAUGCUCGAGAUGCAGCUGUGGCCGAUCAAGCCAAGCAGUGGUUAGAUACCUGUCUUCACGAUCACAUUGGGGCCUGCGACAAUCUGAGCUAUAGCAGCGAGAGUCCAGAUUUGAUGGUCCAGAUACUUUCGCCUGACGAGAUUCAGCUUCAGCGGAACCAUACAGCUAAGUAUGUUGCACUUAGCUAUGCCUGGGGCCGAGAAACCCAAGAGGUUCGUCGGGCGAAAACUCUGACUACUAACCUGGCACCUCGGUGCAGUGCACCUUUUACUAUCGAUGGAUUCCCGUCAACUGUACGGGAUGCAAUUCGCUUCGUUUACGCCAUGGGUUUACGCUACAUCUGGAUCGAUUCAAUAUGCAUCGUGCAGAACACAGGGCUUGGUGUCGAUGCAAUGCACAAAGUCUACUCAAAUGCGUUAUUCACAAUUAAUGCCUGCGCCACCACCCAAGCUGGAGAUAUGCUGCUUGAUUACCGCAAAGCAUGGGACUAUCCAACUAAACCAUGUCGACUUGGCGGAGCUUGGCUCACAACAACAGUCAUGUCUUUGAACGAGCUGAGACUGAGAUCACCUCUCGCACGGCGAGCUUGGACACUCCAAGAAGACAGGCUCAGCCCUCGCAUGCUGUACAUAUCCAGCACGGGCGUAAGCAAGCAGCCAAAGCCAACUUACACAGCGUCCGGUCGUGAGACUCUGAUGCCAGUCGCGCAAGAAUUCCUGUUAGCUUGCCGUAACAGACCUACAGACGACUACCCCGACCUUUAUGCUUUUUGGGCAGACAUUAUUAAAUCCUACGCAGCACGCGAUAUGUCCAUGCUUCAAGAUCGGUUUCUUGCUCUCUCUGGUAUGGCGUCUAAGUACCUCAGUGCGAAUAGUCCCGAUGAAUACCUGGCUGGUAUAUGGGCAAACACACUGCCUGAAGGCCUUGUCUGGAAAGUGGACCAAAUGUUGGAAACUCUAUACAUCGGCGCUGAUGGCACAGGGCCUCCAUCGUGGUCCUGGAUGGCACUACCUCUCCGAACUGCGAUCGAGACGGACGCAAGAAGCGCGCGAUCAGAGUUUUUUAAGCGCUUGAUCGAUGAAGACGCCAUGAGCCCGAUUGUUCCGGAGUCCGUCGAAGAGGGUAACCAUAGAGGUGCGAUGGUCAAGGAACUUCGAGUGGCUGGUCGGAGGCGCGAGUUAUGGUCAUCGUCAUCACGUCGGAUCGACUGGUCGAGCGUCAGUGCAACAAUAAAUGGGGAAGAAAGGUUCACCUUUGCGCAGGCUCCAGAGCAGGACUUGCAUGCCAUACAUGCAGCGUCUGGUCGCGUUUUGGUGUACGAGAACCGAAAGAAAGAGAUCAUCGGCUAG